AUGGUGACGCUUGAGAUCACCCCGAUACAUCAACCGCCGAGCGAGGCCCAAGAGCAGCUUCGGAAGAUAUGCGCCGAAGUUUUGAAAAUGCCCUUGAGCGGCAUUGAGAUGAACAAGUCAUUUUUAGCACAUGGGGGUGACUCCCUCACUGCAAUACAGAUGCUGGGCAGAUGUAUGCAAGUGGGCUUGACGAUCACCAUGCAAGAGUUGCUUGAGUCUGCAACCCUUUUAGAUCUCUGUCCUCGUCACGGCUUUGGAGAAGAUGUUUUGAAUGAUGCUCAGAGCCAACUGACUCCAGCGUUGGGGUUGCCAGCGCGCCCAACGGAGGAAAAGAAUGAUAAUGAUGAUGAUGAUGAUGCCCACCAGGAUUCCGCCAGAAAAUCAUUUGCUGAGACGGCCUCGUGGUCAGUUGGUGACAUAGCAGACAGCUACUGUUGCACGCCGAUGCAAGAAGGACUCCUGCUGAGCCAGAACGUUUCACCGCAGACAUACCAAUGUUCGUAUGUCGUGAAGAUAUCUGGCGCCAGCGAUGCCGUGGAAGCUUCCCGGCUCGAGCAGGCUUGGCAGCGCGUGGUGGCCCAACACGACGUCCUGAGAACUGUGAUCGUCAACAACAGCUCUUCCAGCGGGCACUUUGACCAGAUAGUGCUGAAGCAUGCAAAGGCAGAGGUCACCCAUGUGCCGUUCACCGAGGGAAACCUGCAAGCGAUUGUCAACUCUCGCCAAGUGGGCUAUCGCACCACUGGACAGCUGUUGCAUAGUUUGACACUUCUGCAAGACCCAGCGGGUGCGGUCUACUGUCGGCUGGACAUCAACCAUGCACUCGUUGACGGAGGCUCGCUUUUCAUAUUAGUUCGAAACCUUUGCCUGGCGUAUUCUCAAAAUGCGCCUCUACCUCGCGGGCCGCGUUUUGGGGACUAUGUAUCACUCCUCAACGAACUCCCAGAGACCGCCAAUUCCACUUUUUGCUCUGAAUAUCUCCGAGAUGUUGUGCCAUGUCUCCUCCCGCCCGACCUUCAAACCCAAUCUCCUGCGUCUCUCAACACGCUCAGUUUACCCCUCGAUAUUCCCCAUGACGCCGUACUUGCGUUCUGUGCAGUACACCGGGUUACUCUAUCUACUAUUUGUCAGGCUGCCUGGGCCUUAGUCCUUCGAACGUUUUCCGGCAACAGCCGGAUCUGUUUCUCUUACAUCUCUUCUGGGAGAGAUAUCCAUCUCCCGGGAAUCGAUACGGCUGUCGGGAUCUUCAUUACUAACCUCCUAUGUUACGUAGAUUUGACGCCGACAAAUAGUUUAUUGCAAAUUUUGCAAGCCCUUCAGAAAAACUCAUUCCUUUGCAUUCAGAACCAACAUGAACUCAUGGCUUCCCUGCGGAAACUCAGUCGUAGUUUAGGUCAGCCUCUAAGUAACACCCUGAUGUCCUUUCAGGGAAGAGACGAUCUAAGUGGAACGGAGGACAUGGGGCUAAAAGUAGAGCGAUGCAGCGUGUCAAACCCCACAGAGUACGACGUGUGUAUCAGAAUAGAGACUGGAGAUGAUCGUGUGGAGAUUCACAUGGAUUAUUGGAAUGAUAAGGUAUCUCCACCGUACAUCGAAAGCUUGGGUUCCGCUUUCCGUCACGCUAUUGCCAACAUAAUCGGACAGCCUGACAUGCUCGUUGGAUCCACUUCACUCAUAGCUCCUGAAGCGUACGAGAGAAUUCGGCAAUGGAAUUCGUACGCUCCCGAGAUUGUCAACGCGUGCAUUCAUGAUAUCGUGUAUGAACAAGUGCUCGCCAACCCCAACUCACCCGCAGUCAGCUCUUUCGACGGCGACCUUACAUACCGGGAAUUGGACGACCAAGCAUCAAGUAUGGCCCGAAAGCUGAUGGAGUUAGGUGUCCAGGCCGAAGUUAUGGUUCCGAUAUGCUGCAAUAAGUCAAAGCGGGCUGUUGUGACGAUGCUAGCAGUCCUGAAAGCAGGCGGGGCUUGUGUUCCUGUAAGCCCAGAAUAUCCAGCGGCACAAUUGCAAACUGUUUUAGAAAGUGUGCGAGCUUCAAUCGUCUUGGUCGGGGCGGAGUGCCUUGAUCUUUUCGAGUCAUUCAGUGUGCAGGUACUAUCUAUCGAUGAGCUUCUAGCCAGCUCGACAUUGAAAGAGACAUUAUAUACGAAUUCUACAUCUGUGAAGCCAAAUAAUGCUGCUUUCGUAAUCUACACGUCAGGAAGCACGGGCAUUCCAAAAGGUAUAGUUCUUGAACAUGCAGCUAUUUGUACGAGCUCUAAAGCUCAUGCGACGGCCUUUGGAAUCAAUGCCACGUCCAGAGUUGGCCAAUUUGCUGCUUACACUUUUGACGUGAGCAUACAAGAUAUAUUCACCACUCUCCAGCGUGGAGGGUGUGUGUGCAUUUUUUCUGAUUUCGAGCGCCUCAACGAUUUGGGCGGGGCCAUCGGUCGUCGUCGAGUCAAUUGGAUAGAUCUUACUCCAACUGUUGCCAGGAUUCUUUCGCCUUCUGACGCACCUAGUGUUAAAACCUUGAUUCUCGCUGGCGAGGCAGUUACUCCAGAUAUCAUUAAUAUCUGGGCGGAUGCGGGCAUUACAAUCUUUAACUCUUACGGGCCGGCUGAAUGCUCAGUAAAUGCAACGUGUAGUGCACCACUAACGACAGAGGCACAGCAUUCAAACAUCGGACCGGCUCUCCCGUGCUGUCGCUUUUGGAUAGUCCACCCCAAUAACCAUAACGUGUUGCAACCGAUUGGAGCAGUUGGCGAAGUAUUAAUCGAAGGCCCUAUCUUAGCGCGCGGGUAUCUCCAUGACGAAGCAAGGACUUCCCAAUCUUUCGUCUGGGAUCCAACAUGGACAGAUAGCGCUGUUCACCGAAGAAUGUACAAGACGGGAGAUCUGGUACGCCAGGACUGGGACGGAACUUUUGUCUAUGUGGGUCGAAAAGAUAUGCAAGUUAAGAUCAGAGGUCAGAGGGUUGAGCUCGAGGAAAUUGAACAUCACAUUUGCUCUCAAGACAUCGUAAAACUGGCCGGCGUCGUCAUGCCAUUAAGAGGACCUUGCAAGGAUCGUCUAGUGUCCUUCGUUCUACUUCACGAGUUUGCCCAUGAUAUGGAUGAUGAGCACGAACUCAGGACGGUAGCUGGUGAUGCGAAUCGACUGGCCAACUAUCGGAUAUCCUCUAUAAAACAGAAACUCUUGGAGGAGAUUGUUGAAUACAAGAUACCCACGGUUUGGAUUGCCGUCCAUUUUUUGCCUUUGACAGGUUCCAGGAAGCUGGACAAAGGAAAACUCCUAUCUUGGGCUGAGGGUAUGGAUGUGAAACAUCACCUUUCAAUUUUGGAUGGCGAGGUGCCAGACCCUAGCUUUUCAUCUGGGAAGCAUGCCCUGAUGACGAACGACCACGAAACUCCACUGUCCCGCCCAGGAGAAAUUAUUCGCGACGCAAUCUGUUAUGUUCUCGGGAUCCCAGAAUCACUGGCUCUUCAACAUAAGUCAUUUGUGAGCCUUGGGGGAGACUCAAUUUCGGCAAUGCAGGUUGUAUCACAUUGCCGGCGAAAAGGUAUCAUGAUAACUGUCCGUGAUAUUCUUAAAAGCCACACCAUCGGCCAGGUUUAUUCGAAAGCAAAGAAUUUAUCUUCAGCCCAUGUAGUAGAUUAUGAAGAAUCUGGGGAAGUAUUUCCGCUCUCACCUAUUCAGCAAAUGUAUUUCGAUGUCAUUGCCGCCCCGGAAGUUUUGCCUCGGGAGAUGCGCCACUAUAACCAAAGUUUCGUCAUGCAGCUUAGCCAUCGAGUACACGAGAAUGCCCUUGAAGAAGCUCUGGAUGGUGUUGUAAACAGGCACUCAAUGUUGCGAGCCCGCUUUCGCCAUAUAGAAGGUCGAGGAUGGUGUCAGUUCGUCGUCAAAGAGAGCACAAGACCGUACACUUUUCGCAAGCGUAUUGUUGCAACAAGAGAUGACGUUCAAAGUGUCAUUGCUGAGACUCAAAGCCACAUUGACAUCGAAAAAGGACCUGUCUUUGCCGUUGUAUUGAUAGAGUCUUCUGGUCAGGAGCAAAGGCUUUUCCUUUGUGCGCAUCACUUGGUUGUUGACCUCAUGUCUUGGAGGAUCAUCAUUUCCGAUCUCGAAGAAUUGUUGACAGGAGGGCAGAUUCCAGCUCUCCCUCCAACAUCCUUUCGUGCAUGGUGUAAUAUUCAAAUGGAAUCUUCGCGACAGCUUUCUACGCCCGAAUCAGUAUUACCAAUUGAAACUAGUGCAUCACUAGUCUCAUACUGGGAUCUGCCUGAAGACAACAUCUACAGUGAUGAGGUCGUGGAAGAGUUUACCGUUAAUGGAGAAGCUAGUCGUCUACUGCUUGACAAGUGCAACAAACCUCUGCGAACAGAAUCGAUAGAGGUAUUUAUCUCUGCUCUCUUGUAUUCAUUUCACCAUAUAUUUCCAGACCGCUCCGACCCGACAAUAUUCACCGAAGGGCAUGGUCGCGAAUCACCGAACCCUGAAGUGGACCUAUCAGGCACCGUUGGCUGGUUCACGACAUUGACUCCGAUUUACGCUUACGCUGAAGACAGCGAUAGUUUGAUAGAUGUCAUACGGAAAAUAAAAGAUGUACGUAGGCGAAUCCCCGGGAAUGGCCAGCCAUAUUUCGCCUCACGAUUCUUCAAUGAUUCGGCUAGGGCAGAAUUCCGAAAGCAUGAGAAGAUGGAGAUCGUUGUGAACUUUAUCGGAAGCACCAGUCACAUAAGACAGCCUGGAUCGUCAUUUCGCAUGGAAGAUUUAGAAGGGGACUCCCUAGCGAGAUUCGGUCGGGGUGUCAAUCGUCUGGCGAUCUUCGAAAUAACCAUUGAAGCGAAAGAGGAUGGACUACACGUAGUAUUCUCUUUCAAUAAAGAGAUCCGUCACAAAACCAAAGUCUAUCAAUGGAUCCGAGGUUUUGAGCAGUCACUAAUUCAGCUUUCUACUGUCCUCCGGGAUACACAACCACAAUUAACGUUGAGUGACGUUCAUAUUCCGUCGUUGUCAUAUCGUCAGCUAGAUGAGUUGGUGAGAGCCCAGCUGAGGUUAAUCACGCCCAACUUGGACAAUAUCCAGGAUGUAUACCCCUGUUCCCCAAUGCAGCAGGGUAUUUUAGUGAGUCAAGUUCGAGAUCCGUCAAAGUACAUUAUAAGACAUUCCUGCGAAUUGCUGCCACCAAAAACUGGAGCCCCUGUCGUGGACGGGGAGCGCUUCAUUCGUGCGUGGGAACAUGUGUGCGCUAGACACGAUACGCUGAGAACUGUCUUCUUUGAAUCUAUUGUUCAUCGAGGGAACUUCGAACAGGUUGUGAUGGGACAAGUCACUCCCGAUAUUCUAUUCACUGAAUGCGAAGACGAGGAUUCGGCCCUUCAGCAGCUAGAAUCCCAACGAGGAUGUACUAACUUCGGCAAAUUUCGACCUGCUCAUCGACUCUCAUUGACUAAAUUUUCCAGCUCGCGAAUUAUAUAUCAGUUAGAAAUCAGCCAUGCGUUGGUCGACGCGACAUCGAUUUUCGUCCUGCUUCGAGAUUUAGCACUGGCGUAUGAUGGAUCUUUGUCAUUAGUCCCUGGUCCUUCGUACCGCUCCUAUGUUGAACAUAUCGCCCAGCAAAAUCGGAUCCUGAACAUUGAGUAUUGGAAAGGCUACCUUGAUGGAGCCGAGAUAACACACUUUUCUCAGCUUGAAGGAGAUAAAAUGUCCACGUCAACAGGGAUUGUCUCUUUUGAAAUUCCUGAUCUCGUGUCUCUUCUCCAAUUCUGUUCCACAUAUCAAUUAACCCAGGCGAGCGUGUUCCAGACUGCUUGGGCGCUGAUAUUACACAAGUACACCAACUUGGAUCACGUAUGUUUCGGCUACCUUUCUGGAGGAAGAGACGCACCUAUUGAUGGCAUCGAAGAUGCCGUGGGGACCUUUGUCAAUAUGAUGGUCUGCCAUCAAUCGCUAGCAAGCUCAACAGUCAUCGUUGAUGCUGUGUCGAAAGUGCAGGACGACUUCCUAAAUGGCCUUGGGCACCAGCAUUGUGCAUUAGCUGACAUGAUAGCGGGAGCGGACCUUCCGAGUGAUCUUUUUAAUACUGUCAUGUCCUACCGACACGGCUUUUCAGAAUCUGACCUGAAUCCGAGAAUGCUUAGAUUUGACGGUAUGAGAGGGGACGAUCCCACAGAGUACGACAUUCUCCUCAACAUUGAAUGCGGACAGAACAAGAUAGUCGUAUCCAUGCGCUAUUCUUUAUCCAUAAUGUCAUCUGAAGUAGCGGCAAGUGUUGGGAACGCUUUUUUGCAGGUAAUUGAGUCCAUUGUGAGUGAUAGACUUAACACCAUAUCCGACAUCUCACUCCUCCAUGACCGAGAUCGGCGUAUAUUCGAUGAAGCAAACGGGACACUUCCUGAAACCGUGUCUGCAACUGUUCACGACUCUGUUUUACAACAAACUAAGCGCCGACCCAAUUCAGACGCAGUAACAUCUUGGGACGGUAAUUUGACAUACACGCAACUUGAUAAACUUUCUUCAAGCCUUGCAGAGCAUUUGAUAUCUCUCAAUGUGGGGUCGCAGGUCCGAAUAGUCCCUAUAUGUUCCGAAAAGUCUUUGUGGGCUGUUGUCUCAAUGCUUGCCGUUUUGAAGACAGGUGCUGUAUUCGUCUGUCUACCCAUCAAUCAUCCUAUCCAACGCCUCGAAACCAUAUUAAGGGAGAUCGAGGCUCCCAUAAUAUUAACGAGCCCCUCACAAGGAGGUCGUUUCUUGAAUUCUGCGCUGUCUAUCAUAAGCUUGAGUUCGGGAUUUUUACAAACUCUUCCCACCCCUUCGCGACAGCUCCCCAAGGUCGAUCCGGAAGAUACAGCUUUCCUGAUGUUUACAUCAGGAAGCACUGGCCGGCCAAAAGGUAUAUUGAUUUCCCAUCAAUCGCUUUGUUCAAGCGCCGCAGCUCAUGGCCAGCGCUGGGACAUUGAUUCUCAAAGCAGGGUAUUCCAGUACGCAGCCUUUACUCACGACGUGAGUAUAACGGACGUAUUUACAACAUUGAUUCGUGGAGGUUGUGUUUGCAUUCCAUCUGAAGACCAGAGAAUGGAUGAUAUCGCAGGUGCUAUGCGGAAUAUGCGGGUCAAUUGGUGUUUCCUCACCCCUAGCGUUGCAGAUUUGUUACAACCAGAAGAAGUUCCAAGUCUUCGAACGCUUGUCCUCGGCGGAGAGGCAGCUACAAUUGAGAACAUCAAUUGUUGGGCACACGCAGUGAAAUUGAUUAUUUGCUAUGGACCAGCUGAAUGUUCCGUGUACGCCACUGGAACCGACUCCGUGUUGAAAACCUCCGACCCAACGAAUAUCGGCAGACCAAUCGGCUGCAGAGUUUGGAUAGUUGAUCAGUCUGACCAUCGUUCCCUAUUACCUCUCGGUGCUGUUGGCGAAAUUCUCAUUGAAGGGCCAGGCGUAGGUAGUGGUUACUUUAAUGACCCCGAAAGGACUCUUAAGUCAUUCGUACAAGAUCUCCCAUGGACAAAGAGCAAAUGUUAUAGAACUGGUGACCUUGGCCGGUACAACCUUAAUGGGACUAUCUCCUUCGUGGGCCGGAAGGACAAGCAAGUCAAAAUACAUGGUCAGCGCGUCCAACUAACUGAGAUCGAAGGGCACCUGUUGAAUUUGAUGCCAGACAUACGACGUAUCAUGGUGGUCCUAAUACCAUUGAACAAUAGACAAAUCCUUAGCACAUUUUUUAUACCUGAUAACGAAAAUCCAACGAGGAGUGAUGGUAUUCUUAUACCAAUGAGUGAUGGACUCAUGCAGAAGCUAAUAGAAGCUCGAACAUUUUUAAAAGACUAUCUUCCGAUCUAUAUGGUUCCAACCAUGUAUAUACCUCUUGUCCAUUUCCCUCUAACGUCAAAUGGAAAGCUGGAUCAUAGAUGUCUCUGCGAUAUUGUUUUGAGAAUAUCUGAAACCCAACUAAUGAGGUACAUGCUCAUUAGCUCGUCGCAUGAGCAGCAACAGAUGACAGUGGUUCAAAAGAGAUUGCGUAUCAUGUGGGCUAGUUAUCUCGACCUCGCCGAACAUUCAAUAGGUAUAAACGAUAACUUUUUUAACCUUGGUGGUGAUUCUGUCUCCGCAAUCCGCCUCGCCAGCGCGGCUCGUUCCAACGGGAUUUCUCUUACAGUCUCUGACAUAUUUCGAUGUCCCACUCUACUCAGUAUGGCUGCAGCUUCCAAGGAGACGAACCGUAAGGAGGAUGAAGCAGUGAUACCGUUUUCAUUAUCUAACAUCGAACAAAAUGAUUUAUCGCAGAAACUACAUGAGAUCGCAUUUGUUUGCGGGGUUCAGCCGAAUCAAAUCGAAGAUAUCUACCCCUGUUCUCCCCUUCAAGAGGGCCUCCUGGCCUUGAGCAUGCAAACCCAAUCAGCCUAUACCCUGAGGAGGGUUUUUCGUCUUGGGUCGAGAAUUGACCUUGAAGAGUUCAAAAAUGCAUGGCAAACUCUUAUCAAUGCUUUACCUAUUCUCAGAACCCGAGUUGUUAAGAUUGAGUCAGGCUUUUCGCAAGUCGUGGUCAAGGAGAACGACAUUACAUGGCGCGAAGAGAGUUCUCUGGACAAAUUCGUUGAAUGCGAUUCAAAUAUGAGUAUUUCACACGGCGCUCCGCUCCACCGGCUUGGUAUGGUUAUCGAUGAUGCUGGCGACAGGUACUUCAUAUGGACUGUUCAUCACGCGAUCUUCGAUGCAUGGAGCAUAGUCAGAAUUUUCGAGUAUCUCGCCAAAUUAUAUACUCGCAAAAUAACAGUUGGCUCGCUGAUUGCACACCUGCCUCCAUAUUCCUUAUUCAUCCGUCAUCUGUGUGAAAGGAGUGAAUCUAUGGCGAGAUCAUAUUGGCUCUCCGAACUCGCUCAUGGAUCACCGGCUACCUAUCCUCAACAGACAUCUUUUCAUGGUUCUCUACCGCACUCGAGUUUCACUGUCAGCAAAGAUAUAGAGUUAUCCCGGAAAUCUGAGUCAGAUAACGUCACUAUCUCAAAUAUCCUCCGGGCCGCUUGGUCUAUAUUAAUUUCAAAAUACGCUGACUCGAAUGAUAUCGUGAUCGGAGUCACCCUUUCUGGUCGAAAUGCCCCAGUUCCAAAAAUUGCAGAAAUAAUUGGUCCUACUAUAACUACAGUCCCGGUUCGCGUUUGCAUUGACUGGACUGACAACGUACCUAGCUUCCUAUUAAAGAUUCAAGAGCAAGCAACUACCAUGAUUCCAUUCGAACAUUUUGGCCUUCAGAACAUUCGUCGCAUAUCUCCGGAGUUGCAUUAUCUCCUUAACCUUCAGAAUCUCCUUAUCGUUCACUCUUUAGAUGAAAGGGAUGUACAAUUAAUACCUGACAUGGACGUAUUACCAACUCCCGAUGAUGGAUUCGAUACAUAUCCACUUGUCAUAGAAUGUCGAACCGCAAAGGUGCAAAAUCACAUCAGCAUCGAUGUUCGAUCUAACCCGGGAGUUAUCUCACCCAUGCAGACGCGGAGGAUGUUAGAUCAAUUCGCCAACGUUGUACACCAAUUAUGCCAGGGCACUACCCAGACAACACUAGCCGACAUCAUAACGAUUAGCCCGGAAGAUGCCCAGCAACUCAUUCAAUGGAAUGGACAAGACCUCGAGCCGGUCCACGAAUGUGUACAUGAAACUGUUACCAGAGCAGCUCGUACUCAUCCUGGUUCUCUUGCUAUAUGUUCAUGGGAUGGCGAUAUGACGUACGAAAUGUUAGAUCGCUUUUCGAAUCAACUCGCACGACACAUUAUCAAACAAGGCAUCCGUCGAGGAAAUCUGGUCCCUCACUGUCUCAAUAAAUCGAAAUGGGCCAUUGUCGUCACCCUAGCAAUUCUCAAAGCUGGAGGGGCAAGUGUCGCUGUCGGGCCGAGAUCACCUCUCCAAAGGUUGGCUGGCAAUAUUCAGACGCUGGAUGCGCCUCUCAUGCUGGUAGAUGAAGAAAACAGAUGUCAAGCGGAAAGUCUUAGCAUUCCACUCAUCACCAUAAGCGAGUGCUUUAUGAUGAGCCUUGACGAUUCAGAUCAGACGAUUGACUCCGGUGUGCGGAGCAAUGAACCUGCGUUUGUUGUUUUUACGUCAGGAAGUACUGGCCAGCCGAAAGCCAUUGUACUGCAACAUGACUCGAUAUGCUAUAGCGCUAGAGCACAUGGAUCAUCACUUGGGAUAGGGCGCGGGAGCCGGGUGCUGCAGUAUGCAGCGUACACGUUUGAUGUGAGCAUCCAGGACAAUUUCACAACCCUCAUGCGUGGCGGCUGCGUCUGUAUCCUAUCCGAAGAGGCCCGUGUGAACAUCGUAGACCUUAUAUCAUCGAUCAACAUCCUUCAGGCCAAUUGGGCAUGUCUUACAUCAACCGUCGCCAGUCUUCUGAAACCAUCCGAUGUACCAUGUCUCUCAACCCUAGUUCUUGGCGGUGAGCCUGCUAGUCAGGAUGUUGUUGCAGUAUGGGCGGGUCAUGUCACUCUACACAAUGUUUAUGGCCCUGCAGAAGCUUCGAUAUGGUCUGCAUGCAAUGAAAAUCUCGGAGAGCAUAGCUUAGCUCUGAAUAUUGGCAAAGGCCUUGCCAGCCGACUCUGGGUCGCGAACCCGGCUAACCACCACAAUCUAGUGCCUAUCGGGUGUGUGGGCGAACUGUUAAUCGAGGGACCUCUCCUAGCUCGCGGAUAUCUUCACGACCCAGAACUGACAUCUACUAAAUUUAUAUACGACCCGUCUUGGGUCCUUCAGCUCGGUCUUGAGCAGCCUAAGCGCCUCUAUAAAACAGGCGAUCUGGUGCGAUAUCUAGAUGAUGGGUCUUUGAUAUUUGUGAGCAGAAAAGACAGUCAAGUUAAAAUAAAUGGUCAAAGAGUGGAUCUUGGGGAAAUCGCUCAUCAUUUGAAGUCAAGCAUUCCAUCGGAAUUCGUAUCCCAAAUUGUCGCGGAAUUCGUCAGAAAGCAAUAUCAGAACGACAGACAUACACUAGUUGCGUUCCUCGAACAAUCAGAUGAUAUUGAUGAGUCUGAGUUUUGUGGUACAUUUUCGCCUACAUUGAAACGACAGAUUCAACAUGCACGGCAUGUUCUAGAAGACAACUUACCGAGUUACAUGAUUCCAUCAAUGUUUAUACCGUUAGCACGGCUACCAAGAAACGCAUCCGGCAAACUUGAUCGAAAGAAACUCCAACAAUAUUUUAUGAACCUCUCUUCGACUCAACUUAAUGAGUUCAUGCUAUUAAGCGAAGUUAAAACAGAACCGAAAUCUGCAAUGGAGAUUCAACUUCGAGAUAUUUGGACGCAAGAGCUGAAAGUUUCCGGACCCAUUGGACUGGAGGACAGCUUCUUCGAACUCGGGGGAGAUUCAAUUAGUGCAAUGAGGCUUGUAGCUGCAGCUCGCGAUAUUGGAAUCUUCAUUUCAGUGGCAGAUGUCUUUCAAUUCCCCAGAUUGGGCAACCUCGCGUCGGCAGUAAUGCAGUCAAACCUAGCAGCUGACUGUGAUUACAGACCAUAUGAUCUCUGGCAUCCAGAAAGCCCAGAGGCAAUUGAGGAAAUUGCAAGCCUGUGUCAAAUCUCGAAAGAUGAGAUAGAAGAUAUCCUUCCAACUACACCUCUUCAAGAGGGGCUGACGGCCAUUUCGACCAGGAAAAAGGGAACGUACGUUUCACAAAGCAUUCACAAGCUUGGUAAAAAUACCUCAGUUGAGUUACUUAUAUCGGCCUGGAAUAAAGCUGUUGAGGAUCUUCCAAUCUUGCGAACAAGACUUGUCAUUAUUGCAUCGGGAACCUUCCAGGUCGUCGUAAGGCAUGAACCCGUUUGGAAUAAAGGGCCUUCUCUAAAACACUAUCUUGCCAAUGACAUGAAAGAACCAAUUUUGAACGGUUCUCCACUUUUACGGCUAGGGCUAAUUGACGACCAUGGACGUGACGGCAUAAUAAAUAAACUUUUCGUCAUUACAGUUCACCACGGAAUAUACGAUGCCUGGAGUGCUGCCAAAAUUUCUGAUUAUGUAUCCGCCGUUUACUCGGGGAUACCUGUACCAGUAACCAAACCCUUUGGGCAGUUUAUGCAAUACCUAAAUAAAAUUGACCUUGCAGCAAAUGAGGCCUACUGGCGGAAGCAGUUGAAGUCACCGCCAAAUGUAGGAUUUCUAUCUUCCACGCUUGCAGAUACCAAGCAUCACUGUACGAAAACAGCUUCAAGGCAAAUUAACAUUCCUCGCAAACCGCAAUCCGUUACAAUGGCCACAAUACUCCGCGCAACAUGGAUAUUAAUUCUGUCACAAUAUUCCAAGUCAGGCGAUGUUAUCUUUGCUAUGACACUUUCAGGCAGAGAGGCUCCAAUAAUCGGUGCCUCAGAAAUAAUUGGUCCACUCUUCACAACGGUUCCAGUGAGAGCAAAAGUGGAAUUGACAACACCAAUUUAUGAAUUUCUCUGUGGUGUUCAAGCCCAAGCCACUGAGAUGCUCCCCUUUGAGCAUUUUGGGUUGCACAACAUCCGCCGGCUAGAACCAGAAAUCCAGGCCGCUUUGGAUGGGAUACAACACUUAUUCGUUGUUCAAUCAUCAACGCCUUCCCAAGCUGUAGUGCCGUCAAUUUAUUCCUUUGAGCCAACACAAGCCUUAGACAUUGGGUUUACAAAUUAUGCACUGGUUAUUGAAUGUUUAAUGCUUGAAGGUAUCACCGAAGUGCGUGCCAUCUAUUACGAUGAUUUGAUAUCUACUACUGAGAUUCAAUCGAUUCUCGAUCAAUUUUCAUUUAUCAGCAACACAUUGCUAGAGGCAUCUGGAGAGCAAAACACGUUAUUGUCAAGUCUUAAUCUCCCGUUCAAAAAACAGUCAGGGCCCAAAAAGGUGCACAACCUCCUCCAUGCUGACAGAGAGUCUGGAUUGGACAUUCACAAAAAGCAACUGACGUCAGAGAUGGAGUUGAAACUGCAAAAAUUGUGGGCUGAGGAAUUUGAGCUUAAUUCCACCUCUAUCGGUGUCUCUAGCAACUUCUUUCACCUUGGCGGAGACUCUGUUAGUGCAAUGCGGUUGGCAGCUGCGUCGCGCCGCUAUGGGAUACAACUCAAGGUCUCUGACAUCUUCCAAUACCCGACUUUAUCGGAAAUGGCCCAGGCAGCUACAACUGCGCGAAGCUUACAAAAGCCAAGUGGGUACGAUGAACAGGACGCCGUGGAACCCUUCAGCCUCUGGUUGGUUGCCGCUGGGGAAAGGAAAGAUGCAAUUAGCGACAUAGCUGAACAAUGCCAAAUUGAGCCAAAUGAUAUUGAGGAUGUGUACCCUUGCACCCCUCUCCAAGAGGCACUAAUAGUACCUCAGCAGGCGCCGGUAUAUGUGCUUCAGAAAAUCUUCAAACUUCCAGAGGAUCUUUCUCUGGAACAUUUUAAAUUUGCUUGGCAGAAGACCGUCAAGUCUAAUCCCAUCCUGAGGACAAGGAUAAUUCCAUCCAGCCCUUGCUCCCUGCAAGUUAUCAUCAAAGAGGAUAUACAAUGGGAGUUGCGAUCCUCUUUGAAGGAUUACCUCAAGAUGGAUAUUAACACAUCAUUUACUUACGGUGCACGUCUUGCUCGAUAUGUCCUUGUCCAUGAUAAAUUCGUGAAAUACCUCGCCAGUCGCCCUACCGACUCAGCGAAGCCCUAUUGGCGUGGACAGCUUUCCGGCCAGCCCAAUGGAGCAUUCCCUCAACCGUUGCCUCAGAAAGUAAAUACGAAUUAUACCAUACAUGUUCAACAACACCUAGAACUGCAUAACGCUUUGCCAAUGGUUCCAGUGGCGGCGGUAUUAAGAGCCGCCUGGGCCUUGAUUGUUAGCAAAUACUCAAAUCACGAUGACAUUAUCUUCGGAGCUGCAUUGUCAGGCCGAGAUAUCCCCGAAGAAGAUAUAAUGAAAAUCGUCGGGCCUACUGUCACCACUGUUCCAAUCAGGGUCCGAAUUGAUUACCGUAAUGCGACCGUGGCGUCAUUCCUUGAAUCUAUUCAUCAACAAGCAUUGCAAAUGGCACCAUACGCACAAACCGGUGUCCACAAUAUCCGUCAAAUAUGCCAGGAUAUGCGACCAGCAGUAGACUUUAACAGCUUUCUGGCCAUCCACCCGUCGUCGGAUGACAUGGAGGAAUUCCUGGGACUCGAAGAGAUUGUUUCUCCCUAUCGCAAAUUUGGAAAUUUCCCUUUGAUCAAUCAGUGUCACCUGAAAAAUUCUAAUGUUCAGAUCGAGCUUUUCUUUGAUUCAGCGGCCCUUUCCGAGAUCCAAGGGAAGGCCCUAUUAAAUCAGUUCUGUCAUCUUAUUAAACAAUUGGCAACUCUCCCAGGGAACACACCGCUCUUGGACAUAGAAUUGAUUACACCUGAGGAUACUCAACAAAUCAAUAUAUGGAAUCAACGGAGCUGCCAGGAGGUGAAAGCGUGUCUUCAUGAUGCAUUCCAACGACAGACGUUGAAUUUCCCGAAGAAUCCAGCAGUAUCGUCCUUGGAAGGUGAAAACCUAACAUAUGUAGAACUAGAACGAUUGUCAUCCACUCUAGCAAAAUCACUCAAUGAUAGCGGAGUUGGCUCCGAGACAAUGGUCCCACUGAUGUUCCGCAAAUCACCCUGGGCUAUCGUUGCAAUAUUAGCUGUUCUGAAGGCAGGAGGAGCAUGCGUGCCAUUAGACCCGCAGCACCCUCCUAAUCGUCUCCACAUGAUUAUCAAAGACAUUAAGGCAAGCCUGAUCCUUGUUGAUACUGAUUGCUUUGAGCCAGCCAAAUCGCUACUCCCCAGCCAAAGGAUUAUUACAAUUGACGGAGCCGCUUUCAGGGCCCUACCAAGUAUUUCACACUAUGCAUGCUCAACAGUCACCCCAUCCAAUUCCGCGUUUGUCAUCUAUACAUCCGGUACAACAGGUGUUCCAAAAGGUGUGGUUUUAGAGCACCGGGCAAUUUGUACAAACCUCGACAUGGUUGGUGAAGUUUACGGAGUUGGACCAAGUACUAGGAUUGGUCAAUUUGCUUCCUAUGCGUUUGACAUUAGCAUACAAGACAUUUUCCUAGCCUUACAUCGAGGAGCCUGCAUCUGUGUUAUUGAUGAGAGACAUCGCAUGGACGACCUUGCGUUCGCUCUUCGGUCACUCAGAGUUAACUGGAUGAAUUUGACAUCGACUGUCGCACGGUUACUGCAACCCGAAGACGUUCCAAACCUCUCCACAUUAGUACUUGCUGGAGAAUUAAUGAGAGAAGAUGUUAUCGAGAAAUGGAAACACGUCGUUUUAAUCAAUUCAUACGGGUCUGCGGAAACCUCCAUCAGCACUUCAUUCAAUCGUGGAAUACAUCAUGUCACUCAAGCACGCGAUAUCGGAUUACCACUUAGGUCCCUUUCAUGGAUUGUGGACGAAGAUAACCACGACAAGCUGAACCCAAUUGGAGUACCUGGUGAACUUCUCGUAGAAGGCCCUCUUCUAGCUCGUGGGUACCUUAAUGAUGAAAUAAAGACUAGAGAGUCAUUUAUUGUCAACCCUGCCUGGGCCGCUGGACAACGCUUAAAUGGAGGAUGCGAACGUCGCUUCUAUAAGACUGGGGACCUUGUCCGGUACAGUGGCGAUGGCUCUGGCUCACUUGUAUUCAUUCGUCGUGUCGACAACCAGCUAAAAGUUCGUAGACAACUGGUCGAAACUGCUGAAAUUGAGCAUUACAUUGCAAUGGACUCUCCAGCAUCAUCUGGUGUUGCGGUGACUCUUGUUCCUACUCACGAGGGAGAUACAGAUACCGUGCGAGAAACUCUUGCCGCAUUCAUACGGUAUGAGGGUCAAAUAGAUACGGAAAACACCUCUGAUGUUCUCAUGCCGAGUUCCGAUGCCCUACGAGAUACCCACAGUGCUCUAAGAGAGAAGCUCGCACAGAUAUUACCAUCGUACAUGGUUCCGUCUUACUAUUUUCCUGUUCACCGGCUUCCAUUCACCGUUUCUGGAAAGCUAGAUCGUCAGGUACUCGUUGCAACAAUAUCAUGUCUAGGACAAGAUGAGCUGCUGCUCUAUGUACAUGGCGACGAGUCUAUCAAAAGGGUCCAAAACUCCACGCAAGAAACCCUUCGGCAUCUGUGGGCUGAAGAACUGGGUGUUUCAGUGAAGCGAAUCGGAUUUGAGGAUAAUUUCUUUGCCCUAGGAGGUGAUUCUGUGAGUGCAAUGAGACUGGCAUCGCGAUGCCGCUCGAAUGGAAUUUCACUCGCUGCUCGAGAUAUAAUAUCGCACCCCUCACUGCGUGACAUGUCUUCGAUCAUUGAUCCCAGUCACUGCAAAGCCCCCAAGGCUGGGAACACGCCUCCUUUCUCCCUUCUUCAAGCACCAGAUCUAAAUGCCUUUGUCCACGGUGCUAUACUUCCACAGACUCGUCUUCCAAGUAACGAAAUCACCGAUAUCUUGCCAGUUACCGAAUUUCAAGCGAUGUGCCUUUCUGGCGCUUUAUCACCGUUCCGCUGGACGUUAAACUAUUUUCACCUCGACUGCCGAGGAACAAUAGACACUACUAGACUACAAGAGAGCUGGGCGAAACUUGUAAAUACGUAUGAACUCCUUCGCUCCAUCUUCACUCUCCAUGAGGGAACGUAUUACCAAGUGAUCCCCAAAUUUUGGCAGCCUCAAGUAGACAUCUAUGAGGCCGAGGGGGAAAUUAUAUCUCUGAGUGAUAAUUUGGAGAAACAAGAUUUACGCGACCCUCCAUCUCUAGGAAGGCCAUGGGCGAAGCUAGUAGUCAUCAAAGGGUCGAAAUUUCCCCAGCAGACAAGAAUUAUACUACGCAUGUCUCACGCUCAGUAUGACGGUAUAUGCCUGAGUCGACUUUGGGACGAUCUGGCGUCAGCAUACAAAGGAGAAAACCUUCUUCUGCCGCGUCUAGGCUUUGCAGACUAUAUGGCCAUCGUUAACCGCCAAACCCAUGAUAAGCGGACUCUGUAUCAUUGGAAUACGGUCCUGGAAGGCUCAAAAAUGACAAAAAUCAUUGCGGGAUCUGAUGUUGCACCUCCUCUACAUCUUUCAUCGGAAAUGGCUUUCUUGUCGACCCGCCAGAUUCAAAUACCUCAUAAUUAUACCAGCCGCCUCUUCUCCGACGCCACCAUUAUCAAAGCAGCAUGGUCUCUUGUUCUUGCCCGUCUCCGAAACUCGAGUUAUUUACCCUCCGCGUCCGUGGCUGGCGCUGAUAUCAUCUUCGGAGGUUUUGUUUCUAGUCGCAACACAUCUGUGGGGAUUAGCCAGGUCUUUGGGCCAUGUCUCAACAUCCUACCCAUCAGGGUACCAUUCAAUCGACAAAUGCAAAAUGGAGUCCAAUGGACAUACUUAGAUCUCUUGACAUACAUUCGUGAUCAACAAAUCGCUGGUAUUCCGUUCGAAAAUGCCGAGUUUGGCAAGAUAGUGUCUUCAGAAAAAGUAUUUAGUUCCUACGUCCAGCAUCAAAACAUAGAUUCUCGCAGCACCGUUCCCCUUGGGGAUGCCAUAUUUGAGAUUACUUCCUAUGGCGCGGAACGAGAUUUUGCAGACGUGGUUGUAUUCUCUCAACCUAUCCGCUGUAGGCAGACAAACCAUGAAAUCAGUGAGAGGCGGAGCGAAGUCGAUGCCAUCGCCCCUAGCACCAUAGACAUUACGAUUAAAUAUGCCCGGGAGAGAGUCCCAGUGGCCCUAGCAGACGAAUUGUUAGACGCAGUCUGUUGUGAGAUUUAUGCGAUUACCAGCGCACCGGAAAAACAUCUCAAUUGA